UACGGCCACAGCAGUGAGCUGAAGAGACGGUUGAAGGCAGAGAGGAAAGUAGCUGAGAAGGAAGCAAAGCAAAAUGAGCAAAGUGAAAAGCAGCCAAACAAGCCUGCCUCGGCCCCAGGCUCUGAGAAUGGCCUGGGCGCUGAUGAGGAAAGCCUGGAUCCGAAUCAAUAUUACAAGAUUCGCAGCCAGGCAAUCCAGCAGCUGAAAGGCACGCAUGAAGAUCCUUAUCCACACAAGUUCCAUGUAGAGAUCUCUCUCACAGACUUCAUAGAAAGGUACAGCCAUCUGCAGGCAGGGGAUCACCUGACGGACAUCACGGUAACGGUGGCAGGUCGAAUUCAUGCAAAACGAGCUUCUGGAGGGAAACUCAUCUUUUAUGAUCUUCGCGGAGAGGGAGUCAAGUUGCAAGUCAUGGCAAAUUCCAGGUUCUACAAAUCCGAGGAAGAAUACGUCCGUGUUAAUAACAAAUUGCGUCGUGGGGACAUCAUUGGGGUUCAGGGGAAUCCCGGCAAGACGAAAAAAGGGGAGCUCAGUAUUAUUCCUUAUGAAAUCACCCUCUUGUCUCCCUGCCUGCACAUGUUGCCUCACCUUCACUUCGGGCUCAAAGACAAGGAAACUAGAUAUCGUCAGCGAUACUUGGAUUUAAUCCUGAAUGACUUUGUGAGGCAGAAGUUCAUAACCCGUGCAAAGAUCAUCACAUACCUUCGGAGCUUCCUGGAUGAAUUGGGCUUUCUUGAGAUCGAAACUCCCAUGAUGAACAUCGUUCCAGGCGGGGCGGUGGCUAAACCUUUCAUCACUUAUCAUAAUGAAUUGGACAUGAACUUGUACAUGAGAAUUGCUCCUGAACUCUAUCACAAGAUGUUGGUGGUUGGAGGCAUGGACAGAGUGUACGAGAUUGGGCGUCAGUUCCGGAAUGAAGGAAUCGAUUUGACUCAUAAUCCUGAGUUCACAACUUGUGAAUUUUACAUGGCUUACGCAGACUAUCAUGACCUGAUGGAAAUCACAGAGAAUCUCCUUUCAGGAAUGGUGAAGCAUAUUACUGGAAGUUACAAAGUCACUUAUCACCCAGCUGGCCUGGAUAGCCAGGCCUGCGAGAUAGAUUUCACCCCGCCUUUCCGGAGAGUCAGCAUGAUUUCUGAACUGGAGAAAGUCCUAGGAGUGAAACUUCCUGCAAUGAAUAAUUUUGAGAGCGAAGAAACUCGCAAGUUCUUUGAUGCAAUUUGUGUGGAGAGAGGUGUUGAGUGUCCGCCUCCUAGAACCACAGCAAGACUUCUUGAUAAGCUUGUAGGUGAGUUUCUGGAAGUCACAUGUAUCAACCCAACCUUCAUCUGUGAUCACCCCCAGAUCAUGAGCCCUCUAGCCAAAUGGCAUCGUUCUCAGCAGGGGUUGACGGAACGCUUUGAACUCUUUGUGAUGAAGAAGGAAGUGUGCAAUGCUUACACUGAGCUCAAUGAUCCCUUCCGGCAGCGGCAGCUUUUUGAAAAUCAAGCCAAGGCAAAAGCUGCGGGUGAUGAUGAAGCCAUGGGCAUUGAUGAGAACUUUUGUACUGCUUUGGAAUACGGUCUCCCCCCUACUGCGGGCUGGGGCAUGGGCAUAGAUCGGCUCACCAUGUUUCUUACAGACUCCAAUAAUAUUAAGGAAGUGCUGCUGUUCCCGGCUAUGAAACCUGAAGACAAUAAGAAGGAGGCUCCAUGUAGCCCUGCAGAGGAGGGCACCUCGGUGUGAUGGCCGAGCCAGGCCGGGUGGGAUGGAGCCUUGGUUCGGCGGCUGGCUGGGUGCUGGCUGUCUGGGGGGAGUGGGCAGGAGGGGCUGUGCUGGGCCUUGUCACUGAUUAAACUGCGCUGAACUGCC